GGAGGAGGUUGCAGAGCUGCAGGAAGGAGACGCGCGCAGGAGACCACCUCUCUCUCCGGUGAAAUCUGAACACARCUUCAUUAAAUUAAAAAAUAAAAUACCUGGGACCGCGCUCUGCAGCAUCGGAGAGGUUCCUUUUUCCCUUUCUUCCUUUGUUUUUUGUUUUUUUUUUUUAAAAAAAUGUCUGGUCACAGCACCACCAUAGCCGGGGUGCUGGUCGCUCUGUGGAUCGGCAGCGCGGUGAACUGCGUGCCCCAAGGGACGCACAAGAACCGGAGACAGGCGCAGCAAUAUCACGCUUCUUCAGUCUCUCAAGAUGGUUGUGUAGAGCAUGGCUACUUCUAUAAYGUUAACGAACAGUGGGAGCGGCCAUUUUGGGGCAAAACGUUGAUCUGUACCUGCCAUGGAGUUGCUGGGAUCAAGUGUAAAAGCAAGCCAGAUGAGGAGGAACGAUGCUAUGAUGAAUCCAGUCUGAAGUCCUACGCCGUGGGAGAAACUUUUGAGAGCUUCAGGGAAGGCAUGAUGUGGGACUGCACGUGUCUUGGAUCUGGGAGGAGCAAAAUUAGUUGCACCAUYGCCAAUCGCUGCCAUGAUGGUGGAGUUUCACAUAAGAUUGGAGACACCUGGAGGAGACCAAAUGAAGCGGGAGACUCCAUGUUGGAGUGUGUCUGCCUGGGAAAUGGCAAAGGAGAAUGGACCUGCAAACCCAUUGCUGAGAGCUGCUAUGAUAACUCGCUUGGCGCAUCUUAUAAAGUUGGGGAGACGUGGGAGAGGAAAUAUGAGGGGUGGAUGAUUGUGGAGUGCACCUGUCGAGGAGAGGGGACUGGAAGCAUCAAAUGCACUUCAAAAAAUUACUGUAAUGACAAGGAUACCAUGACCGCAUAUCGAAUUGGUGACACGUGGUCCAAGACGGAUGCGCAAGGCCACUUGCUCCAGUGUCUGUGCGUGGGGAACGGCCGAGGGGAGUGGAAAUGCGAUCGAAAAAUAUCUCUUCACGCCACCGGCCUGGGCACCGGACCCAAUGUGUUAAGCAACAUCCAUCCUGCUGUCUUCCACCCUCUCACUGUUCCYGAGUUUCCUGAGGAGUUAACCUGUAAGACUGAUACAGGGCUGACGUACUUCAAUCGGCAGCGCUGGAUCAAGAAACAGGGAAAYGAAAAGAUGGUCUGUACCUGCCUUGGCAACGGAGUCAGCUGUGAUCAGUGGGAUGGACCAGCCCCAGUGUACGGUGGGAACUCUGAAGGCCUUCCCUGUGUGUUCCCUUUUGUCCACAAGGGAAAGACCUACCACUCCUGCACCUCAGAUGGACGCAGUGAUGGACGGCUGUGGUGUUCCACCUCAUCWGAUUUUGAUAAAGACCAGAAAUAUUCUUUCUGCACAGAGAAAAAUGUGGUUGUGGAAACACGAGGCGGUAAUUCCAAYGGUGCUUUGUGUGAGUUCCCAUUCCUGUUCAACGGCCGAAACUACACAGACUGUACUCCAGAUGGAAGGAGGGACGGCAUGAAGUGGUGCGGAACCACGGCAAACUAUGAUGUCGACCAACUUUAUGGGUUCUGCCCCAUGACUGCUAAUGAAGAAGUGUGCACAACAAAUGAAGGGCUGAUGUACCGCUUAGGUGACCAGUGGGACAAACGACACGAUGUUUUGGGUGAAAUGAUGCGAUGUACCUGCGUAGGUAAUGGACGAGGAGAAUGGAACUGUGUUGCUCACUCACAGCUUAAAGAUCGUUGUCUCGUGGACGGUGUGACCUACGAGGUUAACCAGACCUUCACCAAGAAGCACAAGAUGGGACACAUGAUGAACUGCACCUGCUUUGGACAGGGCCGUGGUUACUGGUCUUGCAAUCCCUUAGACCAGUGUCAGGAACCUCAGACAAAGGUUAUCUAUCAGAUUGGGGAGUCCUGGGACAACAUCAUACACGGAGUCCGGUACAAGUGCUACUGCUAUGGCAAUGGUAUUGGAGAGCAUAGAUGUGAGCCCCAGCGGUCAUACGUGGGUGGUUAUCAUCCUGUUCAGGUGGUCAUAACAGAAGCCGGAAGCCAACAAAACACCCAUCCCAUUCAGUGGAAUUCCCCAUCAUCUACUCACAUCACCCAGUACAUCCUCAAAUGGAGAGUGAAAGAUACAUUAAACCCAUGGAUGGAGGUGAACAUCCCAGGCCAUCUUAACUCCUACACCAUCUCUGGUCUGAAAGCGGGAAUAACGUACGAAGGCCAGCUGAUCAGCGUGCUGCGGUUUGGACGACAAGAGGUCGCACGCUUUCACUUCACCACAGCUUAUGGAUCAUUGGCUACAACUGAAGGCGAGAUCACCCCACUUCCACCUUUGGUUGACAUCUCCGAAUCAGUAACAGAAAUCACAGCUAACAGCUUCGUCAUCUCCUGGGUUUCCGCCUCCGACACCGUCUCUGGUUUCAGAGUAGAGUAUGAGCUCAUUGAGCAGGGACAGGGACCUGGAGAACCCAUCGUUUUAGAUUUGCCUCGUACAACAACCUCGGUGAACAUUAAUGAGCUUCUGCCUGGAAGGAAGUACACUGUUAACGUCUAUGAGGUUACAGACGGAGAAGGGGACAACCUCAUUCUCACWACUUCACAAACAACUGCACCUGAUGCUCCCAAGGAGCAUGAAGUAGAGGAGGUGGGAGAUACCUCUAUUGUGAUCAGCUGGGACAAACCACUGGCUCCCAUCACUGGAUACCGUGUUGUCUACGCACCCUCAGAGGAGGGUGAAAGCAUGGAGCUGACUCUCCCCGAUACGGCAACGUCUGUGACUCUGAGCGACCUACUGCCUGGGAAGUCCUACAACAUCAGCAUCUAUGCUGUGGAGGAGAACCUGGAAAGCGAACCGAUCUUUGUACAAGUCAACACCACUGGAGAGUCCCUUCCAGAUGAAGAAGUGGCUUCCCCGACUGACUUGCAGUUCUUUGAAGUGUCCGACAAGAAAAUAGUCUUGACCUGGUCCAGUCCAGCUGGCGGCAUCUCAGGUUACAGGGUCACGGUGGUUCCUGUUGACGAGUCUGGUUCUCCGCAAAAUGAGAUGACUCUGCCUGUCGGUCAGAACUCAUAUGUCGAUGUAACACACCUACAGCCUGGCACGCUGUACCGCUUUAGUGUGUACAGCAUUCUUAAUGGAAAAGAGAGCUUACCACUUAUUGGGGAGCAAACUACAAAGCCAGACGCCCCCACAGACAUCCAUUUUGACGACGUGACUGAAGACAGUGCGGUGGUGCAGUGGUUCGCGCCUCGCGCCAAAAUCACCGGCUAUCGUCUCUUCCUUAACGUGGAAGGCUCGAACCCCGUGCAGCAACACCUGCCCGCCCACCUCACAGAGUACACCCUGCUGACCCUGAAGCCUGACACAGAAUACACGGUCACGCUGCACUCACUGCAGGACAACACGCUCAGCAAAGGAGAGACUGCUGUGUUCACCACAUCCCCUGCUGUGGGUAUUGCUCCUCAGUUCAGCACAGAAGUGACUGACACCUCCAUAAUAAUCUCCUGGACUCCAGUUCCCUACAUUGGAUACAAGCUGACAGUCGGGCCCAGUCAGGGUGGGGAAGCCCCAAGAGAUGUCUUCUCAGAAUCUGGCAGUAUUUACAUUUCCGGUCUGACUCCGGGAGUAGAGUACACCUACAGCGUCCAGCCAGUUUUUAAUGGCCAAGAACAAGGAACCCCAAUCACUCGACACGUUGUCACACCUCUGUCUCCUCCUACUGAUCUAAACUUGGAGUCCAAUCCAAGCACUGGUGAGCUUGUAGUUCAGUGGAAUGGAGCUGCUACACCAGACAUCACAGGUUACAAAGUGACGUGCACUCCCACCAAAGGGCAACAGGGAAACAGCUUGGAGGAGUUUGUAGACGCUGGGCAGAAUUCCUGCACCCUGGAGAACCUCAGUCCAGGUGUGGAAUACAACGUCAGCGUUGUCACAGUGAAGGACGACAUGGAGAGCUCUCCUGUYUCAACUGUCAUCACCCCAGAGGUGCCCCAGCUGACCGACCUCAGCUUUGGGAACGUGACUGACACGAGCAUCAGUCUCCACUGGUCACCGCUCAGCACCCCAGUGGUCACCGGUUACAAGAUUAUGGUGGCUGCUUCUGGUGAGAGCAUCCCCAUUUUUGAAGACAUGGUCAAUCCGGCCACUGGUGRUUACACGGUCUACGGGCUGGAACCGGGCAUCGACUAUGACAUCAGUGUGACCACUGUCACAGAGAGCGGCGAGAGUGAACCCGUCAUAUUCACUCAACAAACCACCGUACCGGCCCCCACUGAUUUGAACUUUGGCAAGGUUGGACCUGACAGCAUGGAGGUUACGUGGGUUCCUCCUCACAUACCAGACAACAAUGAAAUUACCAGUUUCGUCAUUAGGUAUCAGCCUAUUGAUGACGACGAUGAGCUUACAGAAACCAGUGUAGACAGCAGGACYAACAAUGUGGUGCUAAAGAAUUUGCUGCCGAACACGGAGUAUCUGGUGAGCGUGGUGUGUGUGUAUGAGCAGAGGGAGAGCUCGCCUGUUGUCGGCAUCAGGAAAACAGCUUUGGAUUCACCAGUCGGCAUUCGUUUCUCUGAAAUCGUAACCAACUCCUUCACCGUGCACUGGCUCCCUCCGCAGAGCAGAAUCUCUGGUUACCGCAUCCGUUAUCAGAUGGUUAAGGGAGGGAGGACCAAGGAUGAGAGGCUACCCCCGUCAAGGAACCACUUCACCAUGACAGGCCUCGUUCCGGACACAGAGUAUUUGGUCAACAUUUACUCUGUGAGCGGGACACAGGAGAGUCUGCCGCUCAGCGGGACACAGAAAACAAUUUCUGAUGCUCCUACUGACCUGGAAGUGCUCGAGUCAUCCCCCACAAGUAUCACUGUUCGCUGGGCCCCUCCUCCCGUCACUGUGCGCUACUAUAGGAUCACCCAUGGAGAAUCAGGAAGUCACAGUAACCCUAAGGAGUUCACUGUACCCGGCUCUCAGUCCACUGCUACAAUCAGUAAUUUGCAGCCUGGCACUGACUACACAGUUACUGUUUAUGCUGUGACCGGCAGAGGAGACAGCCCCGCAACCAGCAUCCCCAUCUACGUCAUGCACAGAACAGGUGUGGACUCGCCCUCUGAAAUGGAAGUGACUCAUGUGAAUGACAACAGCGCCACGGUGAGAUGGAGCCCGGCUCAUGGUCCCAUCAAAGGUUACAGGGUGACGGGGGUCCCCAUCAAUGAACAGGGACAAUCCUUCUCUCAAGUGGUGGAAUCAGACCAGACAGAGUUUACUUUUUCAGGCCUGCUGCCUACUACAGAAUACGUUUUUAGCGUGUCCGCUCUUGGACAAGAAGGAGAGAGCUCGCCUCUGUUGGUAAAUGCCGUGACAAAUGUGGAUCAUCCGAAGGAUCUUUCCUUCGCUGACGUUGAGUCCACUUCCUUGCGGAUCACGUGGGAUAGUCCUGAGGGAACGGUAACAUCUUACCGAGUCUUGUAUGCGAGUUCAGAGGAGGGUGAGAGAGAGCUGCCUGUUGUUCUGAGAGGAGAUGCUGACUCAGCUGUUAUUGAUGGACUCCAGCCUGGAACUGAAUACUCAGUUAAAGUCAUCGCCAUGCAUGAUGGCACAGCCAGCACACCACUGAUUGGAACACAGGUUACAGCCAUUUCUCCUCCCUCUAACCUCCGUUUCACCCAAGUCGGCCCCACAUCCUUCGUCAUGCACUGGGCGGCACCAGGUCAGGAGAAUCAAGUAACUGGCCCCACAAGCCUCACCGGGUACCGUGUAGUGGUGAACCCAAAGAACAAGAGUGGACCAACCAAAGAGAUCAACCUGGCCCCAGACACCACCCAGGCGCACAUCUCUGGACUCAUGAUUGCAACAAUUUACGAAGUCAAGGUUUACGCACUGAAGAACUCUUUGACCAGCAGACCAGUCCAAGGAGAGGUCACAACUCUAGAGAAUAUCAGCCCUCCUCGACGCGUACGCAUCUCCGACCUCAACGAUUCCACCAUCACUUUAAAUUGGCGAUCAAAAACGAGCCCCAUCUCCGGGUUCCUGAUUGAAGCCACGCCAACCUCCUCUUCUCCAAGCUACGUACCCAUUCAAAAAACAGUCCACCCUGACGCCCGCUCAUACUCUAUUACGGGUCUGGAGCCUGGCACCACUUACAAGAUCAAUCUGUAUACGCUGAAAGACAAUGGACGCAGCAUACCGUUCACACUCACUGCCACCACAGCUCAACCAGUGGUCAUCCCACCCACCAAUAUCCGCUUCACCUCCCUGAAUCCUAACAGCAUCUCAUUUAUGUGGGAGCCGUCACACAGUCCAAGGGUCACUGGUUAUUAUGUCACCUAUGAGGAGGCUGGAGGUUUGCCCCGAGAAGCUUUCCCUAGACCUCACGGAGGCCAGAGCUACGCCACCAUCAAUGGUCUGAAACCUGGAACAGAGUAUGUCAUUAAGAUUGUAGCCAUGCAGAAUGCUUUGAGAAGCACACCUCUUGUGGGCAAGGCUAGAACUCAACCAGAUUACUCCUCUGUUCAUCAGCUGUUGGUACCUGAUCUGCCACAGCUUCCUGUUCCUCAUCAACCCAGCACUGAAAUCCUGGACGUUCCAGAGACCUUCGAUGCGAAGAUUUUUGACUCCAACCAUGUCCACCUGGCUGGUACAAGUGGCCAGAACGAACCGGGCCAGCAUGGUCAGUACGUCUACACUGAGUAUCAGAACUUGGGCCCCAAUAAUGGGCUGCAUGGCUCCCACAGUGGACCCAAAGAAGGCCAGAGACCCACUCUCAAAGAGCCCCUGGUUUUUAUACCAAUAGCAGGCCCUGAUGGAAACAGAGUACCCCUGGUCAAGGUGAGCGACAGCCCUCUGCCAGGCCUUGCUUUCGGUUUCCCUGACAAUGAAACAGAUUUGCCCCAAGAAGCGAAGACGGUCACGACUAUUUCCUGGCAACCCAUCCCUGAAACAACUGAAUACGAAGUGUCCUGCAACCCGCUCACGUUGGAGGAAAGAGGCUUCCAGAUGCGUCUUCCUGGAACCUCGAACAGCGCCACACUGAUUGGACUCACGUCGGGAGCUUCCUAUAAUGUUGUUGUGGAGGCAAUGAAGGACGGAGCUAAAGAAACUGUUCUAGAGGAUGUUAUCACAGUUGGCAAUGCAGUUCCAGACGACCUUCCUGUUACCACCAACCGGGAUGUGUGUUACGACACGUUCACACACACGUACCACGAGGUGGGCUCCGAGUGGGAGCGCAUGUCUGAGGCGGGCUUCAAGCUGUGGUGCAGCUGCCUGGGGCUCGGCAGUGGACAUUUUAGGUGUGAUUCAUCCAAGUGGUGCCAUGACGGCGGUAAUAAUUACCGCGUGGGAGAAAAGUGGGACCGCCGUGGCGAGAACGGCCACAUGAUAAGCUGCACCUGCCUGGGCAACGGCAAAGGAGAAUUCAAAUGUGUUCCCCAUGAGUCCACGUGUUAUGAUGAUGGUAAAAUGUACCGGGUUGGAAACCAGUGGCAGAAGGAUUACAUGGGUGCCAUCUGUACMUGUACUUGUUAUGGAGGUCAGCAGGGAUGGCGAUGUGAGAAUUGCAGGAGGCCUGGAGGGCAGGUUAACGUGGAGGCAGAUCUCCUUCAGCCCGUUUCUUCCGACGUUUUUAACCGCUACAGAGAAAACGCUCUCCGCAAACUGAACAUCCAGUGUCCGAUUGAAUGUUUAAGUCCAGAGCUGCUAGCCGACGCUCGUAGUCCCUCGGAGCUGGAGAAGUAAGGAAGGAGGAACUGAGAAGUGAAACCUCUCACGAUGUCAUCAUUUGAAGAUGGAAGCUUCCUCCUCUGACUAUGUCAGCUUUGUGCCUUUCAAGGUUUUCACAGCAACAAACUCUGUGCCUUAUCCAAGAUCUGCCCAUUUUUUUAUUUUUAUUUUUUUUGAAAUGUGGGUUUGAUCGUGUUGAACUUUUCAAUAACAAAGCUGAAUUUCUUUGGAUUUUUGAACACAAUUCUGUCGCAACUAAAGUUCUGUUGCUUCAUCACUUUAAACUCGCCUUCACAAAACAUUGUACUACRCACACAAUUUGUUUAUUUCUAUCCUCAUGGGGACUUUAUAUUGACUUCCAUUCAUUUUCCAGUCAUUUCUACAGCCUAACCCUGACCCUUUACCCUAAACCUAACCCCACACCCAAAAUCAUCAUCUGUACCCUUGGGGCCAAUAGGAGCGCUGGGUCCUACAAGGCUGCGUUUUUCUGGAAAAUGGUCGCCAUGAUGUAGCAAAAACGCGUCCACACACUCGCACAAUAUGCAGAACUGCUCUGUAUUUUUUUCUGUAUUGAAGCCAAAAGAAAACAAAAUUUAAAAGAUGAGAUUUUUUCAUAAUGACUUCAGCCACCUUUUUUUGAAAUUUUAUGUUUGUUUUAUUCUUAGAAGAUUAUCUGUGACUACUUUGUAUUCAGAAGUCAUUUAGUUAAUUAUAGAAUGUAUUUUUCUGGGUUUCUGGUCAUUUCUACAUUAGAUAAAUUGUUAACACUUAAGCCAUACAGUAUUUUUUUGUUUGUUUGUUUGUUUUCGUUACUUACAACUACUUAAUUCAGUUUAACUGAUCCAGACAAACAAGAUGAUCAGUAUUUUUUUGUGGUUUUCUUCAUUAGAAUAAAAAAAAAGAUGAGCACUGCUGCUUUCCAUGUGAUGUUAUUUUGCUCAGCUGUUGUAGCUGUAAUUUCAUUUCAGUUCAUGUAUAUGUGGUCAUCUGUAGAGCAUAAGGUUUCUGUUUUUUUAAUACAAAAUAUAACACCUGUACAAGUGUUAAAAUCAAAGCUUGCUGACCAAAAGUUGAAAUGUUGGAAAAUUUGCAAUGUUUUCAAGUGAAAUAUAUUUUAAUUACAUGUUUAUAUUUUCUAUUUAUCCCCUUUUCUUAUUUAGGCAUUUUGCUCAAUGCUUGGGGGUGUACACUUUUUUUGAUUUUUUGAUUAACUUGUUUUUUACAUGUUUUGGUGCCAGACUCUGAACUACUGUGGACAAAAUCUUUUUAAUAAACUCAACAAAAGAAACCAG